AUGUCCUCAUUUAACCUAAUUCCUAAUGUCUUAUUUGGCAUCUUAUCCCCAACCCCUUUUUCGGUGGGGGAAACGGCGUUAUUGAAAGAUGGAUCCGUGGCUUCAAGUCUGGCAUUCCACCCGCUGGAUGGGAUUCUGCAGGCAUUACCACAUGUAGUUGCUCUUUUCCUGGUGCCAAUGCAUUUCACGACGCAUAUAGUCCUAUUAUUCCUGGAGGGCAUAUGGACGGCAAACAUUCACGACUGCAUACAUGGUAAAUUAUGGCCUGUAAUGGGUGCUGGCUACCACACCAUUCAUCACACUACUUAUCGCCAUAAUUAUGGCCAUUACACGAUAUGGAUGGACUGGAUGUUUGGGACUCUUCGUGAUCCUAUAGAUGAUGAGCCCAAGAAGUUGUGA